AUGAAGGUCAUCACCGCUAUCACUGCUCUCCUGUUCGUCGGAGCCGCGACCGCCGACGUCCAAUCUAAGCCUUUCAACUUGGUCAUCCAAUCCGCCAAGAAAUCCAUCAACGGCCAAAAGCUCGCGGCCUGCCACUCCGGCGCCGCUAUUGAGUCUCUCUGCCUAGCGGGCGGUGGCUCCAACUUCCACCUUAACACCACCGCGGGUGAGGAAACCCCGAUCAAGGGCCAAGGCCCCCCCGGAACUCUAGUCUGGAGGCUCCCCUACACCGGCGAGGACAACAAAAUUGAGUACGAGUCCGAGCCCAUGAGCUUCUACAGUGACCCCUCCACCAACGUAGCCAUGCCCUUGUUUGAGCCUGGUUAUGACACGCAGUCAGUCAUGUUCGAUAAGAAUGGCCAAAUGGGUAUCUACAGUUAUCUUGAUGAUACCGUUACCCCGCCUACUGGUGACAACGUCAAGAUUCUGCGGAAUUGGUAUAUCUGUGAGACUUACUACAGCGCUUAUACCUAUCAAACCCUUAACUGGGUGUUGGGUGAUGCUAAGGCUAAGCCUCAGAACCCGAGCUGUGUUAAGGUGGUGGUUGAGCGCAAGUUUAUUUAG